AUGGGUGCAAACAAGAGCAAAGUUAUAGGUCCAUCCCGUAAGGAUAUUCCUGUGCCUCAAAUAAGUGUUGGAAAGCAACGCCUAACUGUGAUGUACUGUGGCAAUGCUUCAGGACAAAUGAUGCCACCAUUUUUUGUUUUUCCUGAGCCCAAGCCUAGAGCAUAUGACCCAUUAAAUGGAGUUCCAGAAGGAAGUUAUAUUGCCUAUACGAAGAAAGGCUGGAUGGACGGCACAACAUUUUCAAAGUUCAUUGAUCACUUCGAUAAGUUUGCUGGUGUUGAGCGACCUGUUGUGUUACUAUUGGACAGUGUUGGAAGUCACAUUAGCCAAAAAGUGUUUGUGAAAGCAAAGGAAAAGGACAUUGAGCUAUAUCGCAUUGUCUCCAAUGAGACACAUUUGAUGCAACCCUUGGAUAAAGGUGUCUUCGAAGAUGCAUUGGGAAAGAGAUAG